AUGCGCUGUCUCUCGUUUGCACUAUCAGUGCUGUUUUUCGCGUACGUCGUGCGUGGAUUAUUGGAUACUGGAUCGAGUUUCGCUCGACUUCCGCUUGAGAAAUGCCUCGUUGAGGAUGUAGCGGUGGAUAUUGCGGUGCUGGGCGUACCAGGGGACAUAACAGGAUCAUCACGCAACAAAUUCAGUCCGCAAUCUAUUCGAGCCGAAAGUGCAGUACGGGAUAUCGCUGACGCGUUUAAUCCCAUUCUUGGCAUCAACCCCUACCUUUCUGAAUCCAAAAUCGUAGACUGUGGUAAUAUCGGAGUGGGAUCAUUGGACCAGUUUGAAGAAGCGUAUGGAGCGGUGCUGCAACAGUCUGUACCUACAGGUAAGGGAACAGUAGCAGCACUGCGACCACGCUACCGGAAAGGCACGCCAUUGUACCACGCCAAGGACGGCAAGACACAUCCGCGUGUUGCGCUGAUGAGCAGUAACGAGUCAUCUGUGUUGCCAGCGCUGCGUGCCUUGGGUAAGGUUUAUGAACAAAUAACUGUACUUCAUUUCGGCGCGCGCUUGGGCACAUCAGGCGGGUCGAACCCACUGUACCAGGCGGCGGAGGAAGGUUUGCUCAGCAAUUCGUCAAUUCAUGUGGGGCUGCAGGCCCCAUUGCAUGGGAAGAAUUUUAAUGACUACGAACGCGAUAGUACGUUUGGAUUCACACAGCUGGAAGUGUGGGAACUGGAAAAGUUUGGCGUAGACGGAUUUGUGGAUAUGAUUCGAAAGCGAGUGCGUUCAAUGCCCGUGUAUGUUCUUGUGGACAUGGACGUGCUCCAUGCAACAGCAUUUGGGACAGGAUUGUCGAUGCGGGAACUGCGAGCUAUUGUACGUGGGGUUUCUGGAGUGAGCCUCGUCGGCGUGGAGGUUGCGGGAGCGGGGGUUGACGCAGCCGAAGCGGCUACCGCAGCCGCUACAAUAAUAUACGAUCUAUUUUCUAUGAUGACACUGUACCCACUGGAUAAGAUGCCAUUAAUGCCGGAGCAGCGAUCGCCGCGGUCUCUGCGGAUGAGCAGCACACACCGCACCGAUCGACAGCUAACGCGGAAGCAGCAAAAUGACCGUGCGUUGGUAGAGUUUGCGACAGCGACGUGGAGCGAUUGGGCCGAAAUUGUAUUGGACACGCGUGUGUUUAUGACGCUAUUUGCGCUUGUCGCCACAAGUUUUUUCGUUGGUAUGCUUGCAUCGACGCAGCGGGAAAAGUUCGAGGACACUAUAAGCAGUGGGAUUUAUUUGGCGAUACUGGUGUUUAUGCUGGUAUUUGUUGUUGGAGCACUAGGUCUUUUCCUGCUUGCAUUAAAAAACGUGUUUGUAGGGUUAUGA